AUGGGCACCACGCGGUUCAGAAAACUCGAGGCUUACUUCGGCGAUCUGGGUAAUGCCUGGAAGGCCAGCCCCGGGCAAUUGCGGGCCGCUGGGCUGGAAGAGCGGACCGCCACGGUCCUGGUGGAGGCCCGUGGCAAAAUAUCACCGGACGCUGAAGUGGACCGGCUGGAAAAAGCCGGCGUCCAGGCCCUGACCUGGCACGAUCCGGCCUACCCGCCGCGCCUCAAGCAGAUUGACGACCCGCCGCCGGUGCUAUACGUUAAAGGAAGCCUGUUGCCCGAGGAUGAGCGCGCCGUGGCAAUUGUGGGGACUCGAAGCCCCACGACCUAUGGACGGGAAGUCGCGACGGCACUGGCCGGUGACCUUGCGGGCAACGGAAUUACCAUAACCAGUGGACUGGCCCUGGGAAUAGAUACAGCGGCCCACCGUGCUGCUUUAACCCAGGGUGGCCGUACCAUAGCGGUGGUGGCCAACGGGCUGGAUAUUGUUUAUCCAAGGGACAACGCGAAUCUCAGUCGACAGAUAGAAGAGCAAGGGGCCGUGAUAAGCGAAUAUUCCCUGGGUACCAGGCCGGAUCCCCGCGGGUUCCCGCGCCGCAAUCGCUUGAUAAGUGGCAUCAGUCUUGGCACACUGGUGGUGGAGGCUGGAGAAAAGAGCGGGGCCCGCUGGACGGUUUACCAUGCCUUGGAGCAAAAUAGAGAGGUCUUCUGUGUACCGGGCAGUAUUUUCUCACCUGCCAGCCGCUUGACCAACCGGCUUAUCCAGGACGGCGCCAAGCUUGUUACCAGUCACAGUGAUAUCCUUGAAGAACUGAAUUUGAGAGUGGUCGCAAGGCAGAUUGAAAUGAGGUUGGCGGAAGACCUGCCGCCCAGCCCCGAUGCCGACGGCGAGGCUCACCUGCCUCGCUGCCUGGACCACGAACCAAUGCACAUUGACGACAUUCGACGGGAGGCCAGCUUGCCCGUUACCCUGGUGGGCAGCCUGUUGACCAUGCUGGAGCUGAAGGGUCUGGUUAAACAGGUGGGCGGGAUGCACUACGUCAAAACAGGGGAGGCAGCCCCAAGCUAUGGCAACUAA